CAUCAGCAUUAAAAAUGGUAUCUCGAUUAUCCAAUGGAUUCCGUGAAGAUUGCUCCAAGUUUUUGAUGGAUUUUGCUAAAUUGGGUUCUCCGAGUUUCCAGUCGUUUUGUCAAGAGUGGAAACGGACAAACUUCCAAUACAUAUUUUGCGGAAGAAGUACGGUGUUCGAACUCGUGGACUAUACCAGUGAAAUAUUCUACAUAGUGAAACAGUUUUUCAAAUGCUGUCAAAUACAACUAGAGCGAAUCGGUGCAUUUUACCUCCUAUAUGCACUCUACUUCAAACAACCAAUAUUUUUGUUCUGCAAAAUCCGCAUCACACUUGACGAUUGGCGUGCAAUGAAAGAGUUUAUAAAAGUGCCGUACAAUGGAUGUGAAGUACCACAAAUGGCAGCUAUACUGUGGAAACUGUUCAAGGCCGAGGCGUUUCAGUUCGUGCAAGAAGAACUUGAGAGUGGUUUUGAUUAUUUUUUCCACAAAACUCUCUAUAAUCGAUAUGAUUAUAACGUCCAAGACUCAUUUAAACCUUAUCGGCAUCUAGAAAAGGAACUUCAAGCGAUGCAAGGAACCAACGGAAUCAUCAAAGCAGUCGAGAUACUCGAAAUGGGAUACAAUGAAAUGAAGGAAGCCCUGGACGAUUGCGAAGCAUCUUCCUCUCACGGUAUAGUUGGUGACAAAAUUCCACAAUCAACGUUAAUGGAAAGCCUACGCAAAGAUGUCGACCAUCUUAUGGGUGUUAUGGGCACAAGCAGCGCUCAAGAAGGUUCCUACGAGGCCGAAAAGAGUGUAACGAACGAAAAAGAAGACCAAUAUUCAAUUGGUACCAAGCGAUAUUCUAUACGGAGAAAUGCCUACAAACGGGUAGUGAAACAAAAGAAAUUUAAGAUUGCUGGGCAGGACGAUGAAGUAUCCGACAGUAGUUCCGAAGGAUCGCAAGCGCCAUCUUCUCCAGAGAGGUGGAAUUCCAAGAGCCAAUCAGAAGAUAAUGAACAGAGGCGGCGUCGUGCUAUACGUAGAACAAAAACGUGCAUAAGUGACGACGACGAUGAUGAUGCAGACUAAUGUAAUCUGCAGUAACGUUAAAAAUAGGUACGUAAUGUGAACACGUUUUGUAUAAGAUCCACUAGCUGCACAUUAUCUACCUCUGGGGAAAGUUUUGGUGGCCUUCUGAAGAUAUAGAGUGGUACACCGCUCGCAUAUCAGAGGGCUGCCAAGCUCGCGAUUUGAAUGUGUGAAAUAUAAGUUCAG